GAGCACGCAGCCCGCGCAGCUGGGGCUUUGGUGCCUCGCUCACUAUCAUUUCCUACUCAGAAGAUUCCCAUUCAUUCCGAUUUGGUACCCAGCCCAAAGCCCUGGCUCCCCCCUGAGCCCCUCGGCAUGGCUACAGGACUCCAGUUUAGUAUGCACUGGAAGAGACGCGCUGAUGCUCCCGCGCUAGACCUCCCGGCUGCUGGUUGGAGCCAUAAGGGAUCGGGAGGAAGAAUUAGCCUGUGUGUUUAUGUGGCUGUGCUCCAGUAAAUAUUUUGAUGCAUCUGCUGCCAGCUCUGGUCUGAGGGAAUCUACCUAGCAUUUAAAUUUUGAUGGGGAGCUGUUUUGAAUAAUAACAGUGCAGCCGGCUCUGAGUCAGUGCAUGUGUGUUGACUUAAAAAAAAGCCCUCAAAGCUUAACGCUUGCUGAACGCUGAGCUGCAGUGCUUUGCUUUUUCCCUCCUCCUUUCUUCUUUUCUUUCUUCUCUUGACUUCCUCUGUUUUGUUUUGUUCUUGGGGGGAUUUCACACCGAUUGUGUUCACUGGCAGUGGAAGGGUGGGGUGAAAAGAAUUAGAAAAAUAACCCCAGCCAAAAUAAAUCCUCCCCAAAAACUCACGAGUAGCUUUUGCAAUGGGUGCUGUAAUGGGUACGUUCUCCUCUCUACAAACGAAACAAAGAAGACCAUCAAAAGAUAAAAUUGAAGAUGAAUUAGAAAUGACUACAGUGUGCCAUAGACCUGAAGGACUGGAACAGCUUGAAGCACAAACCAAUUUCACUAAAAGAGAACUUCAAGUGCUUUACAGAGGAUUUAAAAAUGAAUGUCCUAGUGGAGUUGUUAAUGAAGAAGCAUUUAAACAGAUCUAUGCACAGUUUUUUCCUCAUGGAGAUGCCAGCAUGUAUGCACAUUACCUCUUUAAUGCUUUUGACACUGCACAAAAUGGCUCAGUGAAGUUUGAGGAUUUUGUGAUGGCAUUGUCCAUUCUGUUACGGGGAACUGCUCAUGAAAAGCUAAGAUGGACAUUUAACCUGUAUGACAUAAAUAAGGAUGGCUACAUAAACAAGGAGGAAAUGACGGAUAUUGUAAAGGCAAUUUAUGAUAUGAUGGGAAAGUAUACAUAUCCAGUGCUCAAGGAAGAUGCACCAAAGCAGCAUGUAGAAGUAUUCUUCCAGAAAAUGGAUAAAAACAAAGAUGGUGUUGUAACUUUAGAUGAGUUUAUUGAAUCGUGUCAGGAGGAUGAAAACAUCAUGCGAUCUUUACAGCUCUUCGAGAACGUGAUGUAACGGUACCUGAUGAGAGCUGGAGGAGUCAGAGACUUUCUGUGUAACAAAGAUCUCUCCGUUCUGGGUGAAAGCUUUUUACAAUUCAGCCAUGUUCAGUAUGUGAGGCUUUUGUAUGACAUGUCCAAACAAAUAGCAAAUGAAAGCAUCCGAUCCCACCUCUUCUCCCCAAGAGACACUGGUGGACCUUUGUUUCGUUUUGGAAGCAUGUGACUAUAUAAUAACUCCUGACAAAAGAGAACUGCUGCUCGAAAUUCAAUGAGUAAUAUACAGUGUUUUUUGCUAGGCACAAGUCCUGCUUUUAAUCUAGCAAGCUUGAUUACCUAUGAUAGCACAUGCCAGUAACUUAGUAAUUUAUUGCAAGUGAAAAUUUCAGUCUAUAUUACCAUAAAGGAGUCCUUACCAUUAAUCUGCUUUGACAAAAGUAAAAUCUACCAGGGCAGUCUGUAAAAAUAAUAAUAAAAGAACAAGAAAUAUACCUAGGACAUUAAGCAGAGAGCCCAUGUAGCCAAUAUCCCCACGUCUUCAGAGAUCCUGCUUCUCUUCACGUGCGCUGUUGCCAUCAUGCUGUUCCAUGGAAUUUUUUCUGACAACAUUAACCAGAGGAUCUUCAUACCAGGGUGAGCCAGAAAGGAAAAAACAUAUGUUGCACAUAAAAAUAUCUAACUACAGAACAAAUUCAAUGAUGGUAAGUUUUUGCAAGACCGGCCAAGUUUAUAAGGGCUGGUACAGGGAUAACUGCUCUGCUACCAGCCAUCUUCUGCAGCUCAGUAAGUAGUGGAACAUAAAGCGAUUCUCUAGAGUGCAUCUCAGCAGCACCGUGGUCGUGUGUUAUGUUCCCUUUGGUGUAGUUUGACACAUACUUCCUAGGUUCAUCUUUUGAAUGUUUGUAUAUUUCCAUUGAAUGUUACACUAUUGCAUUGCCCACUUUAUGGAUGUAUUUAAGCUUUCCAGUUUUCUUACUGCAGGAAGGGGCCUAGAUGAUUCAGCUGUGUUUCUAUAUCAAGCGUCCUGUAAGUUUAAUUCUGAGCUACGUAGUUGUUGUUAGUCUCAGAAUCGCUGCCAUUCGGACACAUGUCCCUUUCGGUAGUUUAACUUUUUCUGUAGAAGAGUCUUUCUUUCCAAUAAGGCAAUUGCAUAACUUGUACAAGUCUCACUUGUUAAUGCCAAAUAAGCAUUGGAUUGAGGAGUUGGGUUUUUUAAGUAGUAAACAAAAAGAAUCAUGUGGUUGGAUUUUGCCCGGUAGAUUAUUUGUCAGCUGAUUAACAUAUCAGAGCCUGCUUUGCAGAAGACUCUUAAAGCUGACACACCAGAGUGCUGUCGCUGUAUCCAGAUUUAUGGCUCAGAAAUCAAGGGAAGAGAGGAAGAGCCAAUUUUCCCGCUGCCGAAAAGUCCAAAGGAGGGUCACUGCAGUAGUGCUACAUCGAUCCCAUCCAGUAAGAAUAUAUUUUUAUUAUAUCAGCUACUAUAUUAGAAAUAUACAGAAAUAUACCCAUAUAUAGCAGUGAAGAUAUAUUUUAAAAAUUACAGAAGUGGAAGCUUUUUAUGAUACAAAAUACAGAGAAUGCCUCAUUUCUGUAGCCCUGUAUUUUAGAAAAAUUUAAUCUGUUGAAGUAUUCCUGAUUGUAGACUAGGUCUGAUUAGUGCUAGAGUAAAGCUAGGCUAAUCCCCAGGACAGGGUAUUUUCCCCUCUUACUGUGCUCCUCCAUACGCUUUUAUGAAGUAAUUUUUAGCUCUUUAAGUUUCACACUCCUUUUCAAAAGUACUAUUCAAGUGUGUGAAAUUACAUGGACAUAGGAAUGACACCCUGGCCUACCCUGAAUAUUGCCUUUGUUACAAAUAAUAUUAAUUAAUUCUUCCCUAGCAGUGAUACAGUGCAGAGCAACUCCAGUAACGUACAGGAGCCCUGCAAUGCUGUGACAGCAGCUUUGCUCUCUGUUUGUCCAGUAAUAUCUGUUUAGUUUUAUCCACUAGGCACUUCAUAAAAAUAUCAGUUGUAGCUGAAAUAAUGUACAGUUUUCCUUCUUGAUUCUUCUUGCAAUCAUUUUAGAGAAUGACAGCAUUUAAAACAAUAACUAAAUUGCUUUUCAUGCUCACACUUAAGAGCAUCUGUCUAUUAUCAGCCUAAGCAGUUGAUUUCAGCUGAGGAAAGUUCUCAACUUUGCAGGCAUUUGUAGUGGGCUAGCAGAGUGCCUUUCUCCUCUAUCAGAGUUGUUCCAAAUUUGCUCAGGAGAAGGCACAUGCAAAGUGAAAAUUUUGACUGUGCCCUUCUCAGAAGUAAACACUAUUAGUUACCAAGGUCCCCAAAGCUAACUUGUUUUCUGGGCUUACUGUGAUGUACUUAGCCUCAGUUCUUCUGUGUCUCCACUAGCAGAAGGGCUAAUUAGGUGGUGCAGAGGUGCCUGUGUCAUCGGGAAUGCAACUGCUUUUUGUUGAGUGUGGGUCGAGUUUGCCAACACACUUCGAACAUGUGGAUGUUACUUUCAGUGCGUGCUCAAGUAUAUUGCUGACGUCAAGCUGCCAUUGGUGACCCUGCAGUUUUGGCAUCUCCUUUUCAGCUCCGCUGUGUCAGUGUUCACUUUCAGUAACACCGGGGGUGCAUUAGGCAGAGAGGGCGAUGCUGAAGGUCACACUGGUCUCAAUUAUGCCCUUGAGGCACAACUAGCUUCGAUUUUGGGCUUACAGGAGUUCAGACCCCACCUGCACGUACCUGAUAUUCAGCCUUUCGUUGCUACCUCCCUGCUCCACUUGAAGUCCAUUGUAGCUGAGACAGGAGGAUUUGCAAAGCGACGCACAAUAAUUUCAUUUUCACAGAGCUCUGACUGUAAAUUCUGCCUGUGACAGAGUUGUCUUUGUGACAACAUUUAUUAUCCCGUCUUUUUCUCUAAUCCCACUGGUAUGCACCAGUGCAGAGCAGGCCUCCAGGUUUUCCAGGCACAGAACACAGGUCUAUUGCAUCUGUGUUCCAGUCAGCAGAUGCCAGAGCUCCUGUGACAGUGAGACAGUUGUUCUCUGCACGGAACUGUCUUUAGGGGGUUUUUUAUGUUUUCUCUAGUGUUACUAUAUAAACUUGCAAAGCGUCCCGUCUCUCAUAAAUGGGGCUUGCAAUAUUUAUGGCGAAUGCUACUAUGGCUUUCUGAAUAGAACAUAGUAUGCUAUUCUAAUCUCAUGCCUUCCUACAUCCUACUGCCAGUGUGUGGAAGGUAGUUACCAUCCUGGCUUCUAAGUUACAAUUAGACUCUCCGUCAGUGCGAUCAGCUGUGCAAAUGUCCUCAAAGCUGUGAAUGUUUAAAUAAUCUCUGAGUCAUUAUUCUGACAGUGUCGUUAAUUACAAAUAUAAUUUUGUAUCUUCAGGAGAGCAUUUUCUAAAAAAAGACUUUCUAAAGUGCAUUUAAGGCAAUAAUCUGAUGGAAAAUAGGAAGGUGAUUAAUGAUCAAAAAAAACGUAACAUGCCUGUUACGGUUGAUAUUUGUUUUCCUGUUACUUUGAAUACAUAUUGUGAGUAAUCACGAGUCAAGCUAUAAACCUGGGGUACUGAUAUCCUAAGUUUCAAUCUUUGUGGGCAGAAUUUUGGCAUUGCCUGACUGCGCCGCAUGUUGAGAAAAAACAUCUUUGUGUGCAUGGGUGACCUUUGAUAAGAUGGUAGCAGCAGUGUAACAACCUCUUCUUCAUGGAGGUGCCAUGACAGACCUAAGGAAAUAUGCAAAUAUAUUAUUGUGAUAACUAAAGCCAUGUUAAUGGAGCAGUGAUGUAUAGCUUCACUUUUACAACUGCUAUUCUCCAAUGGCAAUUUGUAUUAAAUUCUGUUGAGUGAUUUUUAAAAUGUUGGUUUUACUAAUAAAAAGAAAAUACCUGUAGAAGGGUGUCCUGUCUUAAGCCCAGUUAUGUACUUUUUUCUGAAGGGACACUGUCAGGCUAAAAAUGUACAAUGAAACUUAAAAGGACGUCUCAUAAACACAUAUCUAGCUUCACAGAAGCUUUUAAACUGCUGAACUGUCCUGUGAGUAUGACUUUUAUACAGUAAAGAUUUAUUUGUAUCACUGAUUCACGGGUGCUCUUCUAUUUGGUGCACUGAUAUACACCUGAUAUCUGGCCCUUGUGGAAAUAAGAGUUCAAAAAUGUUCUACUUGCAUCACUGAUUGUAUCUCGGAGUAGUUAAAUAUACAGACAUGUCUUUUCAACAUUUUUUCUUAAGUAUAACCAGAACAGGCCAUUGAGUUGAAGAAAAAUGCAAACUCUAUUUUACUUUAGAAGGCAAAAUGAAACCUCACAUUGUCCCUUUAGAUGGUUUGUUUUAAACAUCCUUUCUGACACAUGGAGAAAUGCAGAAGAAAUUUUGCUAGACUAUAUAUGUGUAUAUAUUUUUAUAUAGCUAUAAACAUUUGCUAAGCUCCAUUCUGUAGGGUAUAAUAUGUCUAUCAGCACAUCCCAGGAAAAAGAACAUUCUCUUGCAUACAUGCAGAAAUGUGAAAAUAAAGAUGUCUGUGUGAAA